AUCAGCCCUCCACGUCUCAGCAGCGUCGCGCGCCCAAAUGAUCGCCAGAAUGGAGUGAACCGUGUGCGUGCGUGUGCGUGUACGUGCGCGUGUCGCCAGAGAAAUGCAGAGCGAGCCACGCAGAACACUACCAUAAUAGGCACACGCUACCACGCGCACAGGCGAAGCCGCUUGAUAAAAUACACUCAUUGAAAGGAGGGCUUUGUAACUUACUUCACUGUCAACGAGACUAAAAUGGGAGGCAAGCUCAGCAAAAAGAAGAAGGGAUACAAUGUAAACGAUGAGAAGGCCAAGGACAAGGAUGCCAAACCAGAGGGCGCAACAGCCGAGGAGAGCGAACCUCAGAACGACAAAAAGGACGAGGCCCCUGCUCCCGCAGAGACCACCGAGGUAGCUAACGACACAAAGGAUGUGCCCGCAGCCGAUACCACAACGACCAAGGAGGAAGAAAAGGGCGCCUCCCCUCCCGCCAAGGAGCCGGAAAAACCUGCAGCAGAGACCAAAGCAGAGGUGCCUAAGGCUGCGGAAGUCACCGACCCUGCCCCCAAAGCCAAGGAGAAAUCAGCCGCCCCUGCGAAAGAGCCACCCCCCUCCACUAAGGAAGCCGCCCAAGCUCCAGAGGUCAAGGCCCAGGCGCCUGCACCACCCGCAGCCCAGGCUGAAAGCAAAGACGAGGCCGAUGCUAAAAAGACUGAGGCCCCCGCAGCACCAGCGGCUAAAGCCGAGGCGGCCCCUGUUGCCGCUGCCCCCCAGGCCAAGCCCACAGAAGCAGCAGCGGCAGCCCCGGCCAAGGAGGCCCCGGCCGCUAGUUCAACAGCAGCACCACUGGCUGCCACUGAGCCCGCUGCACUGGUCAAGGAGGCCAAUGCCACAGAGGCCCCAGUUCCAAGCAAGGAUCAAACCGUAGAAGUUCAAGAUUAAUGGACACCUCUUUUGAAAAUAAAUUACAUUAAACAUCAAAAAUGAAGUAAAAUAGAGAAAAAAUGUAAUAAAAUAGCCCACCCAUAUUAAUAUUAUAAUAAUAAUAAUGAUUUGUUGGAGGAGGAGGAUUGUGACAACAACCUUGAGAAGGAUGAUGCUGCUGCUGCCGAUGAUUAUUAUUGUUAUGGUUAUUCUAUUUUUUCUGCUGUAGUAUUUGAACUUUAAUAAAAGUAUGUCAGCCAUAUGCCCCUCCAUUCCACAGCAUCCUUCCUCCAUCCAUUUCUGGGAUUCAGCAUUCUCCGCCUUCAUCUCCCUCAUAGUCCUCUCAGAGACCUCUGUAGUCUGGGACCAUACACGUACAUAUUUCCCCUAAACAGUGUGCUGCCGAUGUCUGAAAACUAAGUGGAAAAAAGGGGUUUGAAUCUAUUUACCAGAUGGACAUGCACUCUGUCCCAUCCUCAACUCACCUCCUCCCCCAUUCCCCAAACUCGCUCAUCUCCAGAGUACCGUGUUCUCUGCUACCGUACCUGGCACGUCUGUUUUGGCGCCAAGUGAGUUCCCUUUGCUGUCCCCAUAGUCGGCAGCUUAUUUGGUAUUUUUGGGUUGUUCGUGCUGUAUAUGGUCACUCAGUUUCUUGCCGCCUGUUUUGCCACAGGUUCAUGCCACCUCGUUCAGACGCUGUCAGAGUUGAGAGGAGAUACUUUGGAAAUUCUGAGACUUUCCUAGAGGUACAAUAUGUCGAUGCAUUCUUAGGCAUAUGAAAAUGUCCUAAGAAUAUUAUUUUUUUUAACAAUAUUCUUAUACCUUCUUAGUUUUUCUAAGAAAAACAUUAGUUGUAGAUGAUCAGGACAGUUUUUGAAGCAUUUCUUUAAAUGUUCCUAGAAAUCCUGAAAAGCUUUGUAGAUUGUUCUCAGACGUUCCAGCUCUGAAUUCGCAGACAUCGGGAAUUCUCAUUUCCUUUGGGCCACUCUGACUGCAGCAUAGUCUCUCUCUUCCUUACCCCCCCCCCACCACUAUCUUAUUUCAAUUUAAAAAUAA